ACUUUCACCAGGUGGCGACCAACUCGACAGCCACCGUGAUCGGGCCGAUCGGUCCACUAGUGAGUUUUAACAAUUCGCCACAUGUUGAUUGUUGAUUAAUUAAAUACACCUAUAUUAUCACGACCGAAACUAACGGCGGGUGAUAUCGCUCGUUUCGUGUUCCGUCGGAGCGAUUCGCGUUGCUACAGACGAACGAAGGAAGAACCGACCCGACAGAGACAGACAACCAAGUUACGUCACGCACAGCUUUCGUGUUCCGUGCAUGAAUUCGACAUUCAACGGUGCGUCCCCUCUAAUUUUUCACUUUACGCGAGACGAAAGUGUCAUUAGAAUUACGCGAAGACACGCGCGCGACCGUUUUGUCUAUUCACAUCGUGAAUCGAGCGGAUCGCGAUUUUGGGUAUAACCUAAAAGAAGCAAGGCCGAUGUCUUGAAGCCAGACGAGGUGACUGCGUUGCCUCUUAGCCUCUUGUCAACGACUUCCACUGGAAGGGGUUCCGCUCACGGUGCGUCCAUUUCACACCACCCGCGCUGAAUUGCGAUUUCCCCGCCUUUUCUAAAGCACCCGUCCCCCAUCCCCGUUCUCCCUCUUCGGAGACCAACACCGUUUUGACAAUAUUUUUUGGCGACAAGGUAUCACCGGGAAAUUUGCCAAAAUUCCGGUCCCGACAAGGAAACGAGAAGGCCCCCAGCAAACCGGCGGCAGGUAUCCACCAACUGACGAGGAAACAUCGUCGGCUGUCAGGAUGAAUAGCAAAAGGAAGAACCGUUCAAACACCACUACUAGAUCCCCGCGGGCGAGGGAGAGAAGCGUAGCUGCAGAGGGUGUUUAUAAUAAUGCUCACUUCAUGCAUGCAAUCACCAGCCAUGUCGGCAACAUUGUUCAGAUUCAAACUCACAAUGGUUCAAUGUAUGAAGGCGUAUUUAGGACCUUUUCAUGCAGCUUCGAUGUCGUUCUGGAAAUGGCACACCGAGUUGAACACUCGGGAAAAAUUAGCGUGGAAAGUGUGGUAGAGAAACUGAUUUUUAAGCCCCAAGAUAUUAUAACAAUAACAGCUAAGGAUGUGGACUUGGACUACGCCACCAGAGAUACAUUCCAGACAGAUACAGCUAUAAGUAAAUUUAAUGGUUUAAUCCGCGAAAAGGAACUGGAACCUUGGGAUGCUCCUUCUACCAUGAACGGUGAUGAUUUUGACCUGGAUGGUGCAAACGGGUGGGAUGUAAACGAAAUGUUUCGUAAAAACGAACAAAUCUAUGGAGUUCAAUCUACUUUUGAACCUUCCUUGGCUGGAUAUACACUGCAGCUUCAGCGUAAGGAUACAAAAGAAUUUAAGGACCAGGAAAUGAGGGCGGCAGAGAUAGCACAUGAGAUAGAAUCUCAACCUAAUCAUAAGGCGCGACUAGACCUUGAAAACGGAGACGAAGAAGAGAGAUUCGCUGCCGUGUCGAGGCCCAACGAAGGUAAAUACGUGCCACCAGCAAAGAGGAGACACGUGAACGCCGGAAAGCUAGUGCGUUCUACGCCACCGCCUGUCUCGCCCGGACCGACGACAAAUAAAAAUACUUUCAAUCAGCCACCAUCGUCCAACGUAAAUGCGAAUAUUCCGCAGUCGGCUAAUAUUCCAGUGGGUAUGUCUGCACAUGCAUCUCCACAACCGCAUCCGAUUCCUCUCAAUGUGGGGAUGCCACCAAGUGGUGUAGUCGUAACUUAUCCUCCGCCUUUUGUGCCAACACCUACGACACAGCCUCCACCAAGUGCAGGAGUGCCUGUUAUGCCACCAGCACAGGCUCAAUCGCAGAAUGCUUCUUCGAUUCCGCAAGUUCCCUUCUCCCCGCAACAGCAACAACAAAAUAAUGUAAAUGAAAAACGCGAACGACCUGGAAGACAGCAAGGACAUCAAGUUGAUAAGGUUCCACCGGCACCAUUUCCUCAGGCUAACAUGGCUUCCUCACACCAGCAAACGCAGCACACACCACACGCUCCGAUUCAGCAGCAGAAUUCUAUUGAAGGACAGCGAUGUGAUAUUAUGCCUCCGAAAUCAGAUCAUAGAAAGAUGCCAACCCCCAGAGGAAGAGAGGAGCACCACGCCGAACUGGCGCAGUUUUCACGGGACUUCAUACUGAACGAGACAUCCGCUCAAGAAACUCCUCCCAUUUCUAGAAAGCAUCAACAACAGCAUCAAGAUACACAUUCCGCACAAGUUCAACAGUCCCAUCAUCAGCAAGCUCAUCAUCAUCAAAAUCCUUCACAACAAAUACAACAGCAACCACAGUCGCAACAUCAAGCAGCACAUCAGCAACAUCAGCAUCAGCAGUCUGUACAAGAGGAACCGCUUGUCACUAGCAAACCGCCACCAGGUCCAGUACCAGUUCAGACAACAUCUCCUUCUCAACAAGCGCCACAGACAACUCCACCAAUGCAAGCACCAGAACCAGCGGUGGAGAAGAUCACAACGCAAUUCAAAAAGUCAACCUUGAAUCCAAAUGCUAAAGAGUUUAACCCUAAUGCCAAACCGUUCACGCCGGUAAGGGACUAUCGAUCUCCCAGCACACCUACACCGAGCAGGCCGCACACUCCACAAACUCCACAAUACAGUGGUGCAACAAUGUCUACUGCAGUUGUCAUGCCAGCAUAUGUAAUGACAAGUCAACCUCCAUCUGCUUUCUCUCAACCCCAAUCCCAACCUGUGACAAGGUUCCGGAAGGGUCAAUACCUAGUACCCAUGAUGCAACACCGCGCGCCAGACAUAGCAUCGCAGAUGCAAGUGGCAGCGGCAACUGGACAACCCUUGCUGGCUCCAGCGCCGCUGCAUCCACCAUUCCAGGUGCCUUAUCCGGGUCAACCAGCCUACCAGCAAAUGGUGCGCAUGGUGCAAGCGCCUCCACCUCCGCCACAUAUGGGAACGCCUUACCACCAUCACCACGAGUCUCAAGGACCACAGGCUCCAGGACUCCAGUACAUGGGACCACAUGGUCACCCACAUCAUGUUGCUCAGCAGCCCCCUAGCCAAACUCCCUCUCCGGCCAAUCCCAAUCAACCACACACGCCUGGAGCCUACAACCCACCCGGUACUCCACAGCCCUCAUACCCUCAACCACCUCCUCAAGGUCACGCGCCAUCCUAUCCCAUCAUGUGCCCUCUGCUUCCACCACACAUACCCCUACCUCCUCAACAUAUGCAAUACCUACAACAACAACCACCACCAGGACAACAAACCAUACCAGUCAUCCUGCCUCAUAAUCAGUAGCUGCUUCGGAGAAUGAACGGAGAAAGAGAGGGUAUCUAGCAUUCUACAAAGGCAUAGAGAAGAAUUUAAAUUGUAAAGUCAUCGUAAGGCAUUCAACUCGCUAGCGAUUCGUUUUUGUUUCUCUCACUGGAGACAAACUCUGUACUAACUUGAGACCUCUCCCUUAGUUCGAACAUAGGGGGUAGUAUAUCCUUUACUCUCACACUUACACGAGGUCGGCUGUCCGUUACCCUACUGCCAUAGACUUUUCUCUGGCCUACGUGAGGGGUAUUCGGGAUACUAUAAACUUUGCGUUUCAAAACUCGUGACUCGAUGGAGAAGCUUUAUCGAGUUGCAUUUCAUCGAAAAUUGGGCAGGAAAUCCAGCGAGGAAUCGCGAAAAAUAGAUAUAACGCCUUCAAAGUUGACUUUUAUAUCGAAUAGGCUACGGGUUCGAUUUAAUCAUGAUGCAAGAACAGUAACCAAAUGCAUGGAUGUAGCCGAUUGCAUUGCAAAAAUUUUGUUUCACCCUCCAGCUCUGACUACACAUGUUCUAUACCAAAGCAACAAACGGGGAACGAUUUACAGAAACAAGGAACCAGAGGGAAACCGAAGAUUUUUUUCUUAAACUCGCGUUAAGAAUCGCGCGCAUGUUCCUGGGCCUAAAUCCGCUUCAAACGGAUCUAAGCUCUCUUAUUGCGGCUGAGUCGGAAUUUAGAUUCCGGAAUAAGUAAAGCAAUUUCAGCAGAAGUAACUUUGAUCCGCAAAGUUAGUCGGAUCCAUUGGUGGAUAUUUUUUUAUAGUGGAUUUUUGAGAAGCGAAGAUGUUGUAGCAAGGUGUAUUUUCCAGCUGAAAUUCCAGGUAUACUCUGCUGAACAAGGAUAUAAAGAUGACAGCAAAUUGGAGUCUAAAUUCAAUCCAUCUCAUUAUCGAAAUGUUAGAAAGCUAAAAUGUGAACGCAGAGUGUCAAGAGAGGGCAACUCUGUGGAUUGUUGAUAUUGAGUUUUGUUAUGAAUUGCUUAUGAAAGAAUUAGGGAAACAGUGGCUCACUUAGGUAUCUCAAUACGUACAUGGGAUGCCUGCAUUUUCUCUUCGAAAUAUCGAACGGUAUCGCGAAGUAAAUAGCACAUGAUAUCUCUAUCAAGGCCAUGUCAUACUUACCAACAUUUUUGGCAUAACUGACAUCCACACGAAGUGAGAUUCAAUUUUCUAAAUUUUCAACUCUAUAUCUCGUGUCUUACGGAAGUGAGUUAUUCCAAAAAGUGCCAGUAAGUCAGGAAUCACUAAGUAUGGUAUGGCCUUAAAAGAGGUUCAGUAUGCGCAAAUAUGUGGAAGUGACUUGAAAAUGAAAUUUCCGAAUUUUAGGAUAAAAAACUGAGAAUGCUAACUCCUUAAAUAUAUUAUAUUGAUUGAAUGCAAAUUGAUUAAAUACCGAUUAAGUACAGAUUGAUUAAAUAUUAUAGAUGAUGACAUGAUUUUCGGUUCAAGUCACUUCCGUGAAUGCUCUAUACAAUAAUAUAAAUUGUAUAACCUGUCGUUCAAACUAUUAUACUUACUCGGUUUAAAUUUCUGUGAAGAAAUAAGCAUGAUUUUGUCACAAAAAUAAAAUCGUCGAAUUAUUUUGUUUGAAUCAGGAGUACUAUUCGAAAAAAAAAAUUUGUAAACUUUAGGGCCUUUUGUCCAGUUGACAUUCCGAAAUGUGCUUUCGACUUGUUACCUUUUUAUAGCAGACUAUCGUGAAUUGGCACAUAGGACGAAAGGUCUGUUUCUACUCGACGAACUAUCUUUUAAGUACUACGACAUUGUGUCCUUUUUUUAAAGUGCCGAACGCACUGGGUAUUUCGAAAUCUGUACCUAAGAAAGACUAGAGCCGCAUAUCGUCAGAUAUCGUUGGAAAAAGAAAGAAUUAUCUUUUACGGCCUUAGACCUAGUCGUGUACAUAAGAUGGAUAAGAAGGUGGGGAACGAUCCUCAUGUGGAAGCUUCAGUUCACUGCGUGGCAUCGUUAGACACAAAUUUUAUAUCGAAGAGAUUUAAACAAAACAAAAAAAACAUCAAAAUAAAGUGAAUACUUUAAAAGCCAA